AUGCCAAACCAAAUGAAUUAUUCACCAUUCAUUCUAAGAGGAGGAGGUUGUGGAAUGACAAAAACUAAAAUCGCUUUGUAAACUUAAAACAAUUCCAUUCAAACUGAUGCUUAUGAUUUCUUUUUAAGUUUCAAUCACUAUAUUUAUAUAAUCGAAUCAAAGGCUAAUGUUGCAGCUAAUGAAUAGGAAUCAUAAGAAAUAAUGAUAGCAAUACGGUGGUUUAUUUUUUAAGAGGAAAACAUCUACAAAAUCAAUAAGAAUGUAUAAAGUGUUAAGAAAUCAUACAACUUAAUUUUAGAUGGGAUUAGACGCUUAUUAAUAAGCUGCUAAGUCUACAUCAGAUCAGAUUCCUUUAAAUGUUUAUAUAUUUUAUAGAUUACAACUUCCCUUUCAAAAGUAAUAUUUAGCUUUCAUUUAAUGAAUGAUGAGAGAUUUAUGAAAUGUGAAACCUAAAAUUAUUUUCUGGAUAUUUGUGAUGAAUUACAAUAAUAAAUAAAAAUCGAAAGGAAUGAUUUAAUUUAAAAUUAAAUCGAACUAUUUCUUUUCUUAACCAAAACUUCUUUUGAGAUUGCUCCUAAUAAUAGUAAAGAGAAGGAAGAAAUAUUAAAAGGAUCCUUAAAAGGUAUUGUAAGUUCUCUAAUCAACAUGAGCCCUGACACUGAGUUACUUGAAUCAUUAUUUAAGGGAGCCUGCCUACUUUACANGA